CAACGAUACAAUGUCACGUUGCUAGCAGAAAAAAACAAGCACCAUUAUGCUGCGAUAUCGAAUUUGCGCACUUAUUGCUUCCAUUGCACUUUGUUCCCGCGUUUCGUCGAAAACAAUCCGCAAUCUACCAGAAGCUUUAUCGAUCCGGAAAUUUUGGCAAACAGUGAUGAUGAGGAAUUCACGCGCUACGACAGCGAUCUGCCGGAAGGAGACAUUCUGGGGCUCCAAACGUUGCAGCACCAAAGGAGAUCCAGAUUAUAUUGGAGUCGAUGCGUAUUAUCAGUCACCGUACCGGUAACUGUCUCAAUUUUGUGCAGCGCACCACCGAAGAAGAUUACAUCAGCUUUCAAAAAGGACUGCAGUGCAUGUCGAAUAUUGGUCGCAUUGGUGGGAAGCAAGCGGUAACCUAUUCGCCCGCAUGCCUGAAGCAGCACGGCGACGUUCAGCACGAACUGCUGCAUGUGCUGGGUUUCUUCCAUGAGCAUUCCCGAGCCGACAGAGACGAAUAUGUUAAAAUCAUCUGGGACAACAUCGCCAAAAGCGACAGGGACCAGUUUGCCAAGCACGAGAACGGGAACACGUACGGGUUCUCGUAUGACUACGAAUCAGUUAUGCACUACAAGCACAACGCCUUCGCUAAGGACAGCGCUAUCCCGAACAUCGUCCCAACCAGCAGAAAGUCGAAGAUUGGACAGAGCCGGGAUCUGAGUCCGUUGGACGUGGUCAGAAUACACCGACGGUUCCGAUGUGCUAUUGCGCAUCCGAAGCAGUUUGCCUGUGACCUCAGUGGCAGCGAAAAACCGAGCAACUACCCAGUCUGCCCAAUUGCGCAAGCAAGGAGGGAAGAUCCGUGCGAGUCCGGCAACAGUAUCGAAGAUGACGGUGAAAACAGUGAGAGUUUUACCACAUCGGAAUCGUUCCCGCAGUUUUCUGUAGAGCCAAUGAGCGCAGAGCAGUGUGGGCACCAGUGUACGGCCAACUGCAAUGACCCGGAACUGACAGCUGCGACCUGCACGUCUUUCCAAGGGCUGACCAUCAACUGUAGCACACAGGUUAGCGCGGCGGAAAUUCGGCAAAUCAGCGCUGGACUUUCCAAACCUCCGAUUAGACCGAUUGCGGUUGACCUUUAUGAUGGUGACUACAUCGUUUUCGAGAGUUUUCAGACUGUUCGGCAACAAGUCGUUACGACUGCCAUUAGAAACUGUAUUUCCAGCCGCACCGUCCAAAAACUUGCAGCACUACGCUUCUCCAAUUUGCUACAAUUGGAGCUAAAACACUGCCAUGGACUGGAAAUCAAGAGGACCGAUUUCGGCCAAUCAAUCAAGAUCACCGUGAUUACUUUCGAAGACACUACUAUUAAAACGUUGGAGAAGGGCACGUUUAUUGAUUUGCCGUCUUCUAUCCUUAGAGUUGGGCAUGCGCAACAUGCCCGUUUUCGGGAGGACCAUUCGUGA